UUGAAAACACCCUGCUCUUGUACAAAGAAAUGAAAAGAUAGCCUUAGAUGUGCAAGGUAUUCGUCUUACGAACGAUCACACCUUGACGUGAUGUCCCAGUUACAGUUUGAGAGACGCUUACCGGAUGGACGUGGACAAGAGUCUUAUAGACAAGUUCUGAGAAACCUUGGUUUUAAAAGCGAACAAAACGACUCAGAAUCAUACAAACAGGAUGUAUUCCAAGGCCAGUGUUUAAUACUAGGAGAUGCUAGAGUUGGCAAGACCAGUUUAACAAAAUCGCUUACAGGGCAACCGUUUGAUGCAGCUGAACCAGGGACUAAAGGUGUGGAAAUGAGUUUAGUUGACCGGAAGUGGAAAAGACUCAACGCCGACGAUGGUCUUAAAUUUGGAAGCUUUACUCGAUUCCGAGAAUCUGCUCUGUACCACGGUUUGAUGUUUGGCCCUGCAGGAGUCGAAGUCAUUAUCGAUAAUGAAAUAACAUCAGCAAUGUCAGCAGUGGUACACCUCAUGUUCCUCUUACUACGUAUAUUCUGGAUAAUUUCGAUCGUAUGGCUUGGGGCUUUCGCAUCAGUGUCUGUCAGUUUCUAUGCAUAUUCAAUUGCUGUAUUUACUUUGCAAAUUUGGCUACAGCUUCAGCGAUCAGAGCAUCCAGAAUUUUUUAAACUCGCUUGGUUGAUGGCCGUGCUCCCUCGAAUUCUAAUGGGAUUAGGAGCUGCACAUGUGCUUGCAGGGCCCUUUAAAGAAUUGGAGUGUCAAAAGUUUGACCCAUCAAUUAGAUUAAUAAUAUUUCAUGAUUACCUGUUGAUCUGGGUACUUCACAUAGCGAUUGUUACUAUCCUGAUCUGUGACAUUAGCUAUCAUUUGUCCUGUAAUCACUAUUUUCAAAUCAGUAAUUGGAAAGGGAUUGAAUCAUCUGUCCCUGGUCAAGCAAAGUUCAAUUAUCCACUACCUUUUCUGCCGUGCCUCGUAUGGUUUUUAAUUCCUGUAAUGUGUGGCUUUAGUUUUGGUUCCAUUUUUCAGUUACAAAUAUCAACUAACAUGACAACCCUCCAUUAUUGUUACAUUCUUCAUUUCUUGGUGAUUCCUCUCGCUUUCCUCGUAACCUUUAGAGUUACUCAGGCUUUGUGUUCCCUGGUAAACAUACAGGCUAUCAGUUCGAUCUUAUUGUUUUAUAUCAUCUUUGACAAAUUAUCUGAAAAUUUUAUUCACUUCUGUUCCCUUAAAAUGUAUUCAGCAAUAUUUUCAGUGUCAGCAUGCCUCACUUUGUACAGUGAAUAUAAUUCUCUGUUUUCUAUUUUCAAUUAUAAUACUCUAGAUGCAAGGGAAACGCAAGCUACUUUCACUUUUAUCUUUAUUGAAAAGAUAGCACUGAAUUUCCAGAAGUUGAGAAGGGCUCUAAAUUCUACAUUUUCCAGUCUUAAACUAAAAAUAUUAGACUUCUCAGGAGAUGAAGAGUACUAUGCUUACCAUCAUAUCUUCAUGAGAGACAAUGCCAUCUACCUUGUGCUCUUCAACAUGACAAACUUUGCAGAUGACAAUUUUGGAAACAUGGCAGCAAAAAUCGAAAGACUUAAAUUCUGGAUGGAAUCCAUUUGCAGUAAGGCCUCAUCAAGGACACCCAUCUUCCUUGUUGGAACACACGGGGGCCAUAUGGAAAAACUUUGUUUGAACAAAAUUGAUAAGCACCUGCGGCAGAAUAUUUUGGAUUCCUUUAGCGAUGAGCUUGUUCUGAAUGAAGAAGACAACCUCUUGUACUUCCCUGUAGAGAAUACUUAUGGAAAAAAUGAUACUGGGAUUCAAAAUCUCAAGAGAGUAAUAAUUGCUGCAGCUGAAGAGUGUAAGACAACUAUUAGGCGUGAAAUACCAUUUUCAUGGAUAAAAAUCCAAGAUGCAAUCAUUAACUUGAGAAACAACAAGAGUGCAAAGUUCUGUGUGACACUGAAAGAUUUUCCCAUAUCAGUUGGUGACUUUAUUUGCAGCAACUGGUCCAAGGAAACUCUAAAAUACUUUCAUGAGAAAGGCCUCAUCAUCUUCAUUGACCAUGCUGAUUCCUCAGAAUGGGUUUUGUUGAAGCCACAGAUACUAAAUGAUAUCAUUAUACAGUUGGUGACACCACCUGAAAAGAAGGAAGAGAUGGAACAGCGUGGCUUGAGGCAGGAUUUUAAAUUGCUCCAUGAUACUGGAAUGCUCACUGACUCUCUCCUCAAGAACAUUAUUUCAAGAGAAACAGGAAGCAAAGAAAGUGAAGAAGCAAUGAAGAGCUUCCUUGAGGAGUAUGACAUCAUUUGCCCAUUAUUUCACAACAGGGAAAACAUUAAUGAGGCUGAAAAUGUCACACACUUUGUUCUUUCACUGUUGCCAAUGUCAGAUGUAAACACACCAGUGUGGCAUGAUUCUCCAACAGACAAGGUCUUCUAUGUGUUUUUCAAAAGAUUUCUUCCAGAGGCUCUCUUUCAACACCUGUUGUCCCGUGCUCACAGGAGCAGUAAAGUAGAAUUUCCUGAGGGGAAACCACUCAUUUGUAAAGAUGUUGGCAGAUUUUGGUGGCGGCCUUGCACAGCUUACAAGGUGUUACAACUUAAGAAGGAAGACAUGAUUGAAGUGACAUUUACUUACAGAAAAGGACAGGAAAUCACACCCUCAUGUGCACUGAGUCAAAUGUUCACCAUGAUUGAAGAUAUCUGUAUGGGGCACUUCCCGCAUGUCAAGUUUCAUUGUGGCCCAGCCUGCCCCUCAGACAAAUGUCCUGGGCACCAAGAAGAUUACAUAUCCCAUCCAGGUGUUCAGAGGUCACAUUUUCGAUGCCAUGUGUUCAAUGUAAUGCCUGCCCGUAAGGAUCAUUCUACUUCUUCUUUCCAUUGUGUUAAUCAAGACUUUAAAGAAGAUUUAAGAGAAUGGGAACAGUUUUCUUAAAAAAUGGACUAUGUGGAAACCAUUGGAGAGGUACAUGUACAAAACUAUGCCAUU